AUGGGAAGCCUCCGUAUUCGACAUCCAACAUCCAGCCCUCCCCACAAACCGUCAUUUCCUAAUCGUCCCCAGAUAUUCGCUCGCUCGCCUUCUUUUAGCCUAAAAGCAAACUCGACAAUCAUUCUAGCAAUGUCUCAGGUGGCCUAUACGGGGAACCAAGGUGUCUCUAAUGUAUCUCCUAGCAGUAGAGUGAGUUCUUAUGGGCCUGUUAAGGCCCAAGCAUUUCCUCAGGAUCUUCCAUCCAACUCAACGGUUGCCAAUAAUUCUAGUGACUUGGGGCCAGAGCUUCUCCAAAACCGUUUGAAUAACAACUAUCAGCUGGCUAUAAGACAGUAUCUGAACAAGAACUUUGCCAAAUCAUGGACUUUGGUAACCUCUUUGAUUUCACAACUGGAUCUAAAUGACAUUCAUGUCAUUGGAUCUUCUGAGAUGUCAGUGGAAGAAGCCUCCCAGGAUGAACUAGUCUCCAACAUCUACAAACUUUAUUUGUCGUUGAUUGACUUGCUACUCAAAGAAGACCAAAAUUCUGUGGGAAAUGGUUUAUAUGAGGAGAUCCAUACGAUUUUUCAGGAGGGGGUUAUUUUUCGUCAGAUUGUACAAGUUUACAAUCACAACUACCAUUUGAUUGAUCCAGAACUAGCUCUCAUGUGUUUUAUUAUCGAACUUAGUAACAAGUUCCCUCUGGUUAAUCUAGAUGAACAAAUGGAAACCUAUCUACUGAAGAACGACGUCUUCGCUCAACCUUUCCAUAUAAACCAACUGCCUGGCCCUAUGGAUGCUAGCAUUUCUGUUCAAGAUAGACGAUUACUAUCUCUUGAACGGGUUGUUGAGUUUUAUUUGGUUCAUGUGCUUUCCCAGAUGAAUCAAAUACCCAGAGCAAAAGAACUUAUUGCUCGGAUUUUUUCUUCCGAUGCCCAGCGAGUUCUGAGGUACUCUUCACUAUUGGACGAGCAUCUUCACAAGGUCAAAGAAGCCGAGCUGCUGCGUGAGAAGGAGUUAUUAGAUAGAGAAAGAAACCAUAAGCAUUUCAAGAAGGAUUUCUUCUCCAAGAAACCAGGUAAUGAUACAGCGAAACAAACCCGUCAAGUGUCCCGUCCGAUGGGUCCAAAGUCGCAGGACGACAAGAAACUCCAGAGACCUUCGUCUACUCCCCGUCAAGUGUCGUUGUUAGAUAAGUUGAAAAGACUCCUUUUCCCACCAUACUCUGUUUCGAAUACCCCACAAGUACAUUGGAUUCUUCAAAUGCAACGUUUCAUAAGACCAUUGGUUGCAUCGUGCUUCAUCAUUUCAUUACUUUUGUUUGUGCAAAAGUUGUCAACAUCCAAGUCCAACCUAAUGGCUCAAUUGAAGCGUUUGAGAGUCUCACUAUGGGUUCUUCUUGCCAAAAUCUUGGAUACUUUCCGAAUGGCAUUCAAGAUUAGCUAUAUUUAA